ACCUCCAUUUGUAGCGGAAGUAAAGAUUCUGUCACAUGUGUGAGUAAAGACAGAAGCAGCUGAGAAUGGAUUGUACGGAUUCAACAUCUUCAGAACAUGUAUCUAAGAAAAAGAGCAAAACGAAGAAACUAAAGCGAACGAUGAAAGCCGUCGAAGCGCCAGUGGAGGAGAUGGAUCAGGCGGAGGGUGAAGUAAAAGAAGAAAAGUCAGCUUCAGAAACUUGUUUUCCUCCCACAUUCAGCGUGUCUGAGAUCAAAAAUAAGCAACGCAGACAUACGAUGUUCCUUAAACUCAAAGAGGAGAAAAGAAAGAAAAGAAUGGAACUGAAGAAAAAAAAGAAAAAAGAAAGGAAAGCGCUUGGUGAUAAGGCUCCACCUAAAGAAGUUCCAAAGACAAUAGAAAACCAGAGAAUAUAUGAUGAAACUACAGUCAACCCAGAGGAUGAGGAGGUGGCUUUUGAUGAAGGAACUGAUGAGUUCUCGGCUUACUUCAAUCGGCUGACAAAUCCUAAAGUUCUCAUUACCACUUCAGACAGGCCCAGAGGAAGGACGGUGAGGUUUUGCGAUCAGCUGGCAACAGUAAUCCCACAUGCAUACGUGUACUACAGAAGAGGUCUGGCUCUGAAGAAAGUCAUUCCACAAUGUAUUUCAAGGGGUUUCACGUACCUAAUGGUGAUUAAUGAGGACCGAAAAGUGCCAAAUGGGAUGGUUCUUUGUCACCUUCCCGAUGGGCCAACUGCACAUUUCAAAGUCAGUAGUGUUCGCCUUCGCAAAGAAAUGAAGAGAAGAGGUAAAAACCCAACAGAACACUCGCCAGAAGUCAUCCUCAACAACUUCACUACAAGACUUGGUCACUCCAUUGGCCGCCUCUUUGCUGCUCUGUUUCCUCAUGAUCCACAGUUUGUGGGCCGACAAGUGGCUACAUUUCACAAUCAAAGAGACUUUAUCUUUUUCAGGUUUCACAGGUAUAUUUUCAAGAACGAAAAGAAGUGGGCAUACAAGAACUAGGACCUCGCUUCACACUUAACUUCGCUCCUU